UUCACUUUUACUGUUUGUAAGUCAAUUGUCUCAUCACCAACCACUGAUAACUACACCCUUUCUUUCUUCCUUCUUUCGACUAGUAUUUUCUUUCUUUCUUUUUUGAUUGGCCAUCAUAUAUUCAUAUUCCAUAAACACCACAGAAUUACAGACAUUUUACCAUCUUAUUAUAUAUGUACCUGUACUUUCUCCCCAAUUUGUAUUUGUAUUUGUUGGUAUCAUUUGGCUUCAAGGAGAACAACUGGAUGGGCUGUGGUGUCAAAUCAAAUCUACCAAUGCAGUGAAAACCCACAUUGGAAAUUUUACCUGUCUUGCUAUUUAGUUGGUGUUUCUGGGAAGAGAAGAGAUUCUUUUGGGGUCCUGGGAAUGUGAGUGUUUUGAGUCAGAGAUCUGUAAUUGGGUGGGUUACAAUUCAUUGUGAAAACAAGAGAAAUGGUGGUGGAGUUUCUGAGAUCUGGGCUCUAAAGAUUUCUCUUUUAAUCUUCUGUCGCAGGAGAUUUUGACAUCCAAGAAGAUGGCUUCUGAUCUAAACAAGGGAUUAUCCAAAGAAACUUCUGUUGGACUUAAAGUUUGGGAACUGGUUGGGAUUAUUGUUGGCUUGUUAAUUGUAGUCAUCCUCUUAGCAUUGACAUUUUAUCUUACUUUACGGAAGAAAUCAAGGCGAGCUAAAGAAAAUCACCCCAUUUGUCAAAUUCCCACGGUUUCUAAGGAAAUUAAGGAGGUUCGUGUGGAGCAUGUAUCGACACAUGAAUUUGCCCCUCGGGAUGGGAUUCUUCUUACUAUUCAAGAUAAAUCUAGUGAUAAAGAUUCGGACAAGGUUUUGGUCCAUCUUGGAAUGGGGAAAUCGAAGAAUGGGGAUAAUAGUAGCCAAUCGGGUUCUUUUCAUCUAGUUGACAAAGAUUGUUGUGCCUCGCAUUCAGGAGAAGAAGGAAGUUCGGGCACAUUUGGAGCGUAUAAACCUUAUACUUCUCAUCCAAUUGGUGCGCCUUCUCCCUUAACUGGGCUGCCUGAGUUUUCUCACUUGGGUUGGGGACACUGGUUUACGUUAAGAGAUCUUGAACUUGCAACAAACCGGUUUUCCAAGGAGAAUGUUCUUGGUGAGGGUGGAUAUGGUGUUGUUUAUCGUGGACAGCUGAUCAAUGGCACUGAAGUAGCUAUUAAAAAGCUCCUUAAUAACCUAGGUCAAGCAGAGAAAGAAUUUAGAGUGGAGGUUGAAGCCAUAGGCCACGUGCGUCACAAGAAUUUGGUUCGUCUUCUAGGAUACUGCAUUGAAGGAACACAUAGGAUGCUGGUAUAUGAGUAUGUCAACAAUGGCAACUUAGAGCAAUGGCUUCAUGGAGCUAUGCGCCAACAUGGAUAUCUAACAUGGGAAGCAAGGACGAAGGUUCUCCUUGGCACGGCAAAGGCUCUUGCCUACUUGCACGAGAACAUCGAGCCAAAAGUGGUCCAUCGAGACAUCAAAUCGAGCAAUAUACUGAUAGAUGAUGAGUUCAAUGCGAAGGUCUCCGAUUUUGGUCUUGCUAAGCUGCUGGGAGCCGGGAAGAGUCACAUCACAACCCGAGUCAUGGGUACCUUUGGAUAUGUGGCUCCUGAAUACGCAAAUACUGGCCUCUUGAAUGAAAAGAGCGAUGUUUAUAGCUUUGGGGUUGUGCUUUUAGAAGCAAUCACCGGAAGAGACCCCGUGGACUAUGGCCGUCCUGCUCAAGAGGUGAAUCUUGUUGAUUGGUUGAAAAUGAUGGUUGGAAACAGGCGCUCAGAGGAAGUAGUGGAUCCAAAUAUUGGGUCAAGGCCAUCAACCAGAGCUCUUAAGCGAGCCCUUUUGACCGCUUUGAGAUGCGUUGAUCCAGAUUCUGAGAAGAGACCCAAGAUGAGCCAAGUUGCCCGCAUGCUCGAAUCUGAGGAAUAUCCCAUACCAAGAGAGGACCGAAGGCAGCGAAGAAUCCGAGCAGGUGGUGGCACAGAGAGCGAAUCCCAGCACGAGAACUAUGAUACGGACAAGAGUGACAACCCAGAUUCGAGAUCGGAAAGUAAAAGGAGCGAUAACGUGUGACCAGCAAGCAGUGGCUCCACCGAUAUGACAGCAGGCUAAGCUAGUUCUUACAAAACUCGAGAUAAUGUGUGAUUUAUUUGGGUAAGGUGAUAUUUACUAGUUAAAGUUGGGACUAAGGUUGGGAGUAUAUGAAGAUAUCAGAGAUUGGUGAGACAUAGACAGGCUCUUAGUUUCACUUUUUCUAAGUUGGUUUUUGUUUUGUUUUCUAAGAGAUUGGAAAUGCCUUUUGUUGUUUGAAAAUAGAUAGGAAUAUGUUUGAUUGUGUACAGGAGAAUUGCCUUAAUCUGUUGUAUUCCAUGGUCAUGGUUUCUGACAAUUUUGUUUUCCAACAUCCUUAAAAGCAUUGCUUUUAAUAUC